GUCGGGAGUCACGUGGCCGUAGACUCUUCAGCACUUCUGCCCGUCAUGCAAGGUCCUCCAAACCGCUUAGGAUUAGGCUUGAGGCCCCCAAUGUCCUCGUAUGGGCAGGGCCCGCCCAUUGGAUCUCUUCCGCCUUCAAAUGUUAUGUAUGGGUAUCCCCAACCAGGCGUACCGCCUUCAACAGAAAAACUCACGACUUUGUUCGUUGGAGGUAUAUCUGCUGGCGUUACGGACGAUUUUAUGAAUUCCUUACUUUCUGCCUGUGGUCCUCUUCAAAGUUUCAAGCGAUUGACGAAUCCAAAUGGCAAGCCUCAAGGUUUUGGCUUUGCGGAAUUCGAGGAGCCAGAUUCUGUCCAGCGCGCAUUGACACUUCUUCAUGGGAAGACCAUUCCCGCCGUCGAGCCGGGUGCUCCCAAUAAGAGUUUGGUGGUGAGAGCAGAUGAUAAAACUAAAGCUUAUCUGCAAAUGUAUGAGUCACAAAGAAUUAGAACCGAUCAAGACGAUGCUGCGGAUAUGACCGCCGAAACUCUUAUCUCCUCCAUCAUUGACCAGUCGGCUGCUGCUGCAAGAGCCAGUGGCAAUGCCGCCCUAAAUGAGGCACAAGCUGCCGUUCCACCCCAUCUGCGCGACCUGCAAGAAUCUGAUCUACCCGAAAACCAGCGUGGUCUUGUCAUUUCCGAGAUAGCCCUCUUCCGAGAUAAGGCCAUGAAGCGAGACAAAGAAGUCCCAGACACGACCCGAAUGGCGUCGCGUGCUGCUGGGGUAGGCGGUUUCUCUCGUGGUGCAGGCCCAAUCCCCAGUGGUCCUAAGGAGCGAGUUUGGGGUAAGCCCCAGGGAAAGCCGGCCCCGGAGCCCAGCCAACCGAGUUCGCGCAAAGGCAGUUGGGACAGAGGACCCAUUUCGCGUGAUCCCCGUCUGCCAACUGGGUUCGUCAAGGGUCAUGAUGCAAUUCCUGCAGAAGAUGGUAAAUCUGAUGAGGAGCUAGAGAGGGAGAGAAAAGCUACGAGAAGACGGGAGGAGGAUGAGUCAUUUAGAGAUCGUGAGCGACGGUACGAGGCACGUGAAGAUCAGCGCCUUGCCAGCUUGGAGCGACUCAUAAUGCGCACCCAAGCGGCUGCAAAAGCCAAGGAGAUCGACAGGGUGGAGAUAAGAGAACGGCUGCACGUUUGGGAUGACGACGAGAGCGAUGAACUGUUCUACACAGACUGUGCUCGAUGGCGCUCCCAGAGAACACGCCACUUAGCCAUCGAGCGUGCAGCUGAUGAACGAUCACGGGAGAUAGAGGCCCGCCAAGCGGAACAUCUCCGAGUCGAAUCGGAGGCUUUCCUCGCGCGACAGAAUGCUGAGAUACAAAGUCUUGCAGAAGAACAACGCAAAGCAGGGAUGCUUCUCGACGACAAACCUAUCAAAUUAUCUAUUGGCGGCACUGCAACAGGGGCAGGUAAUGCCAGUGAUGCGAACAAGAGUGGUCUGGCGGCUGGUGCGAAACCUAAAGUCACUGCUCCUGUGUUUGGUGCCGAGGACGAAGAUGAUGACACAGUGCAGAAAAAGAGGGCGCCAUUACAGAAGAUCGAUUUUGGUGGCGUCGAGGCUUCUGGAAGGCAGGAGCGCUUGGAGACACUCAAAGCGUCUGUCAAGAAGGACAAGGAGUCCGUUUUCAAGGCCAAGAUUCGCUGGGACGGUAUUACUGAUGAAUUGAUUGAGGGCAAGUUGGAACGUCUGAUAAAGCAUAAAAUGAUCGACUAUCUUGGCGAGCUGGACGAUGAUGAUCUGGUUAUGUUCGUUAUAGAGCAUCUUAAAGACCACAAGCCAGCCUCUAAACUUGUCGAAGGACUGGAGCCGGUGUUGGUGGAGGAAGCCGAGGAAUUUGUUCUCGUCAUUUGGCGUCAGCUCGUCUUCGAAAGUCUUUCGUACAGCGAAGGAAUGGAAACAGACAACAUCAUGGUGGAAUGAACGAAACGUGGCCAAUGACGUCGCACCAGUCCGUCUCUUAUCACUCACAUUUCAGUUUGCUUUGUACAUUACUGCCACUCUUUCCUCUACGUUCCGGUCGGUUCCUUGACCAUCCCUCCAGCUAGCCCCUAGGCAUCCAAGAUUCCUGGGCCGCAGUGCCAUCUUCAUUCGAAAUAUCUCAGAUGACCUCGCAUAUAGUGAGUACCGCAAUAUUAUUCCAUGCUCCGUCAACUACCUGUAGGAAGCACGCGUCCCACUAGGGACAAGGACAUGGUGUUUGGCAUACUCGUAUGCCAUCCUAAUUAGGGUAUUGCGAUGCGGGAGGUUUCACCUGUAGUCCAUACAACGCAUACUAUUGGAACAAAUGCUCUCGUAGCUCUCUAAACGACAGUAUUAUUCAAUUACAUUAUUACGCAGCAUGAGUUUUGCUGUGGCAAUGCGACUGUGG